UUACAGGUGCUACCAAGGAACGCUGGUGGUCAAACGAAAGAAAAGAAUUCAGCAGAAAAGCUAUACAGUAAGUAGUAAAGGUAACACGUUACCGUACAGUUGGAGUAUGGUGCAAGUUGGGAGAGCAUCAGAGAGACCCACAUCGCACUCAAUUUCUCCUCUCCUCAGCCCGCCAGAGAAAAGAGAAUGCCCCCAAGUGAGUGCUAAAAGGGCUCCGUCGGGCGAUCGUCGACCCGAGUACGAGGCCCGGCCUACCGUAAUGCCUCUACCCGAUCACUUUUGAACAGUGCAGCGCAAGUGUAUCGCUGGAAUAAAAACAAUAUUCAUCAUCAGAGAUAAUCGCUAGCUCAAGACUCCAUGUGUUGCAUAUUUUUUAAAAUCAUAAGCUGC